AACUCUGUUGCAUUCACGGUUCAAACUCAAACAAACUGUUUAAAGAUUAUAUUUUCUGUCUUGCACCCUCUAGAACAAAGAAAUAUGGGUGCUCCUAUUAAAUCAUUUGCAUUGCCAGCAAUGCUUCUCUUCUCAAUGAUCAUCAUACCCCAGCUUGCACUAGGGGGCAUUACCAGGCACUACCAUUUUGAUAUAAAAUACCAAAAUGUAUCACGAUUAUGCCACACAAAGAGCGUGGUCACAGUGAAUGGUCAGUUUCCAGGGCCACGCAUUGUAGCAAGGGAGGGUGACAAUCUUCUUAUCAAAGUGACUAACCAUGUUCAGAACAAUAUCUCCAUCCAUUGGCACGGAAUUCGACAGCUUCGAUCAGGUUGGGCUGAUGGACCAGCCUAUGUGACUCAAUGCCCCAUUCAAACAGGCCAAAGUUACGUCUACAAUUACACAGUUGUUGGCCAAAGAGGCACUCUCUGGUGGCAUGCUCACAUUUCAUGGUUAAGAUCAACUUUAUAUGGUCCUCUCAUCAUUCUUCCUCAGUAUGGAGUUCCAUAUCCUUUUACUAAGCCUUACAAGGAAGUUCCCAUCAUCUUUGGAGAAUGGUGGAAUGCAGAUCCUGAGGCAGUAAUAACACAAGCAUUACAAACAGGUGGAGGACCAAAUGUGUCUGAUGCAUACACUAUUAAUGGACUUCCAGGGCCAUUGUAUAACUGUUCUGCUAAAGAUACAUUCAAGCUAAAGGUCAAGCCAGGCAAAACAUACCUUCUCCGUUUGAUCAACGCUGCACUUAAUGACGAACUCUUCUUCAGCAUUGCAAAUCACACUCUCACAGUGGUUGAUGUAGAUGCAAUUUAUGUUAAGCCAUUUGACACUGACACUAUUCUCAUUUCCCCUGGACAAACCUCCAAUGUUCUUCUCAAAACCAAAUCUCACUAUCCUAAUGCCACAUUCUUGAUGAGUGCUAGACCAUAUGCGACUGGCCAGGGCACUUUUGACAACUCAACUGUGGCUGCUAUCCUUGAAUAUGAAGUUUCACCACACGCUCUUCACUCAACAACUUCAAUCAAGAAGCUUUCACUCUUCAAGCCCAUCCUCCCUGCCCUUAAUGACACUUCUUUCGCGACAAACUUUUCCAACAAGCUUCGUAGCUUAGCAAGUGCUCAGUUUCCAGCCAAUGUACCCCAGAAAAUUGAUAAGCACUUUUUCUUCACAGUAGGCCUUGGCACAACUCCCUGCUCACAAAACCAAACUUGUCAAGGACCCACCAAUUCAACAAAAUUUGCAGCAUCAGUGAAUAAUGUAUCUUUUAUACAACCAACCACUGCACUUCUUCAAUCUCACUUCUUCGGACAAUCCAAUGGGGUUUACUCUCCUUACUUUCCUAUUAGUCCAUUGAUUCCAUUUAACUAUACCGGGACCCCACCAAACAACACCAUGGUGAGCAAUGGAACAAAGGUGGUGGUUCUUCCCUUCAACACAAGUGUGGAGCUAGUGAUGCAAGACACAAGCAUUCUUGGAGCAGAAAGUCACCCUCUCCAUUUGCAUGGCUUUAACUUCUUUGUUGUUGGUCAAGGAUUUGGCAACUUUGAUCCAAAUAAGGACCCAGCAAACUUCAAUCUUGUUGAUCCUGUUGAAAGGAACACAGUUGGUGUCCCAUCUGGUGGAUGGGUUGCUAUCAGAUUCCUAGCAGAUAAUCCAGGGGUAUGGUUCAUGCAUUGUCAUCUUGAAGUGCACACCAGCUGGGGUCUGAAAAUGGCGUGGAUUGUGUUGGAUGGAGAACUUCCAAAUCAGAAGCUGCUUCCACCACCAGCUGAUCUUCCAAAGUGUUAAAUAUUCACUAGCAAUUGCGGCCAUAACUUUCUGAAUAUGGUGUUGGUGUUUUGUUUUUAUCUUUUUCCCAUUUUUUUUCUCUCCUUCGUUCACAUGGCCCUUUUUGCCAUUCUUCCCGGGCUAACUGACUGUCAUUAGUUUCAUCUUUUAUUUUUCCCCUUCGGGGAUAAUGUGGAAGUGUGGAAAAUAAUAUUAAGGUGUGUCAACAAUAACAGAUUUGCUCUCAAUAUUGUAAUAUUCUUUCACUUCAAUGAGAAAUCUUUGAUUUUAAUUA